GCCUGCAUGGUGCAUCACACAAUCUGCAACCAUUACGUAUUAUACUCAUCCCCACUCUAAUCUUACAAGUGCCGAAUUACUCAAUCCGAAUAAAUUCUCCACAUAUCUCCCUUCCAAAAACAAGGUUCUCUCAUGAUAGUACCCAAUUCACUCGUUGCAUUGCACCCCUGAGCGAAAUUUUGGAUGCUUCUCCCUGGAAAACAUUUAUUCUCCCACGCCAAAUUUCCCACCAAAAGCCAACCUCGUCUCCCAGGUAAGGUAGCGCAUGGCCACCCGUAAAGAUUAGGCCUAAUAAUUGGCAGAGAGCCGGGCCGGGCAAUCCAUCGCCAUUGCCGCCCCUCGCGCAGUCGCAUAUCCUCCGUCUCGCCGACUGGGCCUGCACAAUUCAUCUUCCCGCACAUAUAUAAAGCUUCUCACCCUCCUGAGCUCCCACGCCGAGUUCUCUCUUCCAGAGACGGACAGAGAGAGAAAGUGAGUUCCAGCGAAGCAGCCAGCAGCCCGCCACGCCUUCCUCCUUCCUCUCGCGGAUUCAGAGCUCCAGACCUCCUCCGUGUCCGUGGGUGCGAAGCGGCGCAACGGCGGCGGCGGCGACAGCGAAAGCGUGAUCGCCUUCCCGGGAGCGGGAAGCUCGAGUUGAGCGGCGGCGCAACGGCCGCCGAUGGGACCAAUGGAGCCGCGCUACCGUCCCGCCGGCGCCCCUGAGGAUACAACUAAGAGAAGGACCUCUAAAAGCAAAAGCUUCAAAGAUGUCGAAAAUUUUGAAGUUCUUGUCAUUGAAAAGAACUGUGGUUGCAAGUUCAAAUCUUUGAAGAUCAUGAUCAUAGCUAUCAUUUCUGCAACAGUUCUUACCCUUAUAACCCCAACCUUGUAUGAGCACCAAUUGCAGUCAGCCUCCCGGUUUGUGGACGUCGGUUGGAUGUGGGACAAAACAAGUUCUGACCCGCGAUAUGCUUCAUCUGUUGAUGUUCAGUGGGAUGAUGUACAUAGAGCACUCAGAAAUCUAAAAAGUGGUAAUCAAGAUCUCAAAGUUGGACUCUUGAAUUUUAACAGCACCGAGUAUGGCUCCUGGACACAGUUGUUGCCGGACAGCCAUGUUUCCAUAAUAAGACUUGAGUAUGCCAAGGACAGCAUUACUUGGCAGACACUGUAUCCUGAAUGGAUCGAUGAGGAGGAAGAAACUGAGAUACCCUCUUGUCCAUCUCUCCCAGAGCCCAAUGUUCGAAAAGGUGUACGCUUUGAUGUCAUUGCAGUGAAACUUCCUUGUACCCGUGUUGCGGGUUGGUCAAGAGACGUUGCACGGCUCCAUUUGCAGCUCUCAGCAGCAAAAUUGGCUGUGGCCUCUUCGAAGCUCAAUCACAAGGUCCAUGUGCUUUUUGUAAGUGACUGCUUCCCAAUUCCUAAUCUCUUCCCGUGCAAGAACCUUGUGAGACAUGAAGGCAAUGCUUGGUUAUAUAGUCCUGACUCGAAAGCAUUAAGGGAAAAGCUCAGGCUUCCAGUCGGAUCUUGUGAGCUUGCUGUUCCUCUCAAAGCAAAAUCAAGACUUUUCUCAGUAGAUCGACGAAGAGAAGCAUAUGCAACAAUACUGCAUUCAGCAAGUGAGUAUGUCUGCGGUGCUAUCUCAGCAGCACAAAGCAUUCGCCAAUCAGGAUCAACUAGGGAUCUGGUCAUCCUUGUUGACGAGACCAUAAGUGAUCACCACCGGAGAGGAUUGGAGUCUGCAGGGUGGAAGGUCAGAAUAAUCCAAAGAAUCAGGAAUCCGAAAGCUGUGCGUGAUGCUUACAACGAGUGGAACUACAGCAAGUUCAGGUUGUGGCAGCUGACUGACUACGACAAGAUCAUCUUCAUCGACGCUGACCUCCUCAUCCUACGGAAUGUUGACUUCCUGUUCGCAAUGCCAGAGAUCACCGCGACUGGCAACAAUGCAACGCUCUUCAACUCCGGUGUCAUGAUCAUAGAGCCUUCCAACUGCACGUUCCAGCUGCUGAUGGACCACAUCAACGAGAUCACGUCGUACAAUGGCGGCGACCAAGGUUACCUGAACGAGAUUUUCACAUGGUGGCACCGCAUCCCCAAGCACAUGAACUUCCUGAAGCACUUCUGGGAGGGCGACAGCGAGGAGAUGAAGGCGAAGAAGACACAGCUGUUCGGCGCCGAUCCCCCGGUCCUCUAUGUUCUCCACUACCUGGGCCUGAAGCCGUGGCUGUGCUUCAGGGACUAUGACUGCAACUGGAACAACCCCCCGAUGCGCGAAUUCGCUAGUGACGUCGCGCACGCCCGGUGGUGGAAGGUGCACGACAGGAUGCCCCGGAAGCUCCAGUCCUACUGCCUCCUGAGGUCACGGCAGAAGGCCGGGCUGGAGUGGGACCGGAGGCAGGCUGAGAAGGCCAACUCUGAAGAUGGCCAUUGGCGCCGCAACAUCACUGACCCCAGGCUGAAGACCUGCUUUGAGAAGUUCUGCUUCUGGGAGAGCAUGCUCUGGCAUUGGGGCGAGAACAAUAACAGGACGAAGGGCAGCCCCGCGACGGUGACGACGGCGAGCUUGGCAAGCUCAUGAUCUGUACAUAUAAAAACAAGCAACUUCCCAUAAGGCAACCAUACAUGCAUAGCAAUAGUUUGUAUAGGUACCUGUGCUUCUUAGGUCUUUGCUAUACAAAAUACACCCCUCCCUGUUGCUGUCAUGGCUGCAGCUCUAUGUCAGCUGCCGGCCUGCCUCGAUGGCUAACGAUUCUUUUGGGUUGGCUGAGAUAAUAAGUUACUUUUACAUGUAAAUUUCCCUGCUGAAAUUCUGUGAGCGUGAGUGAGAAAUGCAUUUGUACAGGGCGCCAGUUAUAAGCGGUUACUGCAUGGAAAAAUAUGGCUAGUUGUAUAGUGUA